CCCCACCAAUAAUCCCUUAGAGCUAUCAACCCCGCCGCGAAGGAAAAGCUCUUCGACAAAAACAAGCACUCGAGGAACAAAAGUUACCAACACUCUUAUCUCGUUGGUUACUUGUGUAUGCCGAGGUAGGUGUUUCAUACUGUACAUACAGUAGCUGUAAGCAUGUUUUAAACGUAAGAGUGAUAAAAGAAGGGGAAAGCUGCAGGUCUAAUCUGCCAAUCCGAUAAUAAUGACAGUUCACUCCGAAGUCAGGGGAGCUCCCGUCCCGAGUUAGAUCAGCCAAGCUAUGUCAUAGAAUAACAUCGUGUGUGUCACAGGAUUCUCCACGGAAACUUAAGCCAUUUACUUAGGUAUGUAUAUAUAAAGGUAUCCCGUCCCUCGUUUAAAUUCAUUUUGAGUCUAUCCUAUUGUACAAUCAUAUCCCGGCAUACUACGGCCUUGAACAAACGUAUCCGUUAUAAUCGACUAAACAAUAUAGUUAUAUUAACAUUCCAAACCACAAUGGGUCUCUCAGGUCACUGCCUCUGUGGCUCUGUAAAGUACACCGUCGAUGCGGACCCCCUCAUCGUCGGGUACGACCACUGCGACGACUGCCAGAGACAGUCGGGCUCUACCUACUCACUCGUAGUAGUUGUCCCUAAGGACAAGUUAACCAUCAACGGCACAACCAAAAGCUACGCAAAGGCAGGGUCCUCCGGAAAGCCCGUGCACCGUAUCUUCUGCCCCGAGUGCGGAUCUCCUAUCGCGCACGACCCGGAGGCGGCGCCCCCCAUCAUCGCCAUCAAGGGCGGCACUCUUAGCGAUGCUGAUAAGAAAGCAUUGAAACCUGACACCGAGAUCUGGACCGUUGGCAAGCUGCCCUUCUGCGCGGAACACCUUGCUAAGCCGUUCGAGCACAUGCCCGAGUAAAGGAUCGAUGGAGCUUGGAUGGGUCGUUGAGCAAAGUACGAGUUAAAAUAUAUAGUCAUGGACAGCUGGUCGUGGAUAUAUAAGACGAGAUAUGAUAAUAUGAUCGAUUGAAAUGAACAUUUGAAAUUCCAUACCUGUCUGUGAACUGCGGCAAAGCCCCGUUUAUGUCGUAUUAGCUAGGUACCUACCUACGUAGCCCUAUCUCCCAUUUGAAGUUUUUACCUCCCGCAAGUCAUCAUUACAAAGUCUACCGGUAUUUGGCCAAGUACACGGCAUCCGACACGAUGGACUGACGUCGGAAUAGGCGCGGCCACACGUGGUCGUGCCGUCCCCGGAUUGAGCUAACGCAGGUAC